AUGGCAAAGAAAGGGAAGUGGUUCAGUGCUGUCAGGAGAGUGUUCAGCUCCUCUGAUCCGGAGGGGAAAGAAGCUAAGACUGAGAAGGCAGACAAGCCUAAAUCCCGGAGGAAAUGGCCAUUUGGCAAGUCAAAGCGCUUUGAUCCACCCACCUCGACAGUGUCAGACAUCACUCCGGUAGCUCCAUCGCCGCUGCCGCUGCCUCUUCCUCCUACCCAGCCUCCUCAGCCACAGCCCGAGGAGAUAAAAGAUGUCAAGCCAGUCGAAACGGAGAGUGAACAAAACAAGCAUGCCUACUCUGUUGCGCUUGCCUCUGCUGUCGCUGCGGAAGCCGCUGCCGUCGCUGCCCAGGCCGCUGCUGAGGUUGUCCGCCUCACAGCAGUCCCCGCGGGCACAUCAAGGACACCUGUUUGCUCACAGGAAGAACUCGCCGCUGUCAAGAUUCAGACCGCCUUCAGGGGUUACUUGGCAAGGAGAGCACUGCGUGCACUCAGAGGACUUGUUAGGCUGAAGUCGCUAGUUGACGGAAAUGCCGUCAAACGCCAAACUGCCCACACCUUGCAUUGCACACAAACAAUGGCAAGAGUUCAAACCCAAAUCUACUCUAGAAGGGUGAAGAUGGAGGAGGAAAAACAGGCUCUUCAAAGGCAGCUCCAGUUGAAGCACCAAAGGGAACUUGAGAAAAUGAAGAUUGAUGAAGACUGGGAUCAUAGCCAUCAAUCCAAAGAACAGAUCGAGGCCAGCUUAAUGAUGAAACAGGAAGCUGCACUAAGACGAGAAAGAGCACUUGCAUAUGCAUUUUCUCAUCAGUGGAAGAAUUCUGGUCGAACUGUAACACCAACAUUCACAGACCAAGGGAAUCCUAAUUGGGGCUGGAGCUGGAUGGAACGCUGGAUGUCAGCAAGGCCUUGGGAGAACCGAGUGGUGUCAAACAAGGAUAAAGACGGUGCUCUGACAAAGAAUCCCAGCACUAACGCUGCUCGAACUUUUGUGCCCCGUGCUCUCUCAAUCCAGAGGCCUGCAACACCAAGCAAGUCGAGCCGUCCACCAAGCCGGCAAUCACCAUCAACCCCGCCAUCAAAGAACCCCUCUGUUGCAGGAAAAUUCAGACCUUCAAGCCCAAGAGAUAGCUGGCUAUACAGGGAGGAUGACUUGAGGAGCAUCACAAGCAUACGCUCUGAGCGCCCAAGGAGGCUGAGCACAGGUGGAGGCUCGAUCCAGGACGAUUCGAGCCUAACAAGCACCCCAGCUCUCCCCAGCUACAUGCAGUCCACAAAGUCUGCAAGAGCGAAAUCUCGGUACCACAUGGUAUUCGCCGACAAGUUUGAGGUCCCUGAUAGAGCAUCUCUGGUCCACUCAUCGAUAAAGAAGCGCCUAUCCUUCCCAGCUGCAGAGAAACCAAAUGUCACACCCGCAGAUAAGCUGAAGGAAAGAGCGAGGCGCCAUUCGGAUCCUCCAAAGGUGGAUCCUGCCUCCCUGAAGGAUGUCAAUGUUGCCUGA